UUCCAUGCUAUGCGACCGGCAUUGUUUACAUGGCAGGUCAUAGUCUGCUAGCUUUUUUAUAUUUAUCUUAGCUUUCGAGGUUAAAGAAAGUUUGUGUUGGAAAAGGAAUUUUUCAGCUGUUUUUGACUGCCUUUAUUUGUGGAAAAAAUAUGUCGACAAUUACUUCUCCUUCUGUGGAACUAAGUUCGUACCGAGAUCAACAUUUUAAGGGCACUCGGGCAGAGCAGGACAAGCUGCUAAGGGUGUCGUCUACUUUGUAUGUUGGUAACUUAUCAUUCUAUACCACAGAGGAACAAAUAUAUGAACUUUUCUCUAAGUGUGGUGAUAUAAGGAGGAUUAUUAUGGGUUUGGAUAAAUAUAAAAAAACACCCUGUGGGUUUUGUUUUGUUGAAUAUUAUAAUAGGGCAGACUCUGAAAAUUGUUUAAGGUAUAUUAAUGGUACUCGCUUGGAUGAUAGGAUAGUUAGAACUGAUUGGGACGCUGGCUUCAUAGAGGGUAGGCAGUAUGGACGCGGAAAGACUGGAGGCCAGGUUCGUGAUGAAUAUAGAACAGAUUAUGAUGCCGGGAGGGGGGGGUAUGGAAAAAUUAUCCAACAAAAGUUGGGAAAUACAGAAGUUCCUGCUUUUUUGAGAUGAAGUAGUGUGUAAAAAAACUCUGUAAAAUUUAAAAUGGUUUUACCAAAUAACAGAACAUGUAACUAAAUUAUAAGAUCUUUGUAAAGAAGACAGAUAAUAUUUUUCAUUCCCCAAAAUAUCCAGUUACACAUCGAUUGGAUAUUACCUACAAAUUUAGGAGCAAUCAGAUGUUUUCACAUUUUUCACACAUUAUCCUCUGCUUUCAGACGUUUGUUAAUAAUAUUUUCCUGUUAUGUUGCAAAAAUGUACCCAAAAAGUAAUGGUUGAGAUAAAAUAUAAUAUGUAACACCUUUGACAAACUUUCACGCGCUUUGCUUGUGCCAAAACAAAACUUACGACCUGAAUGCAAUUUAUUAAACUUGUUGGAUAAUA